AGGUUAUGUGGACCGCCUUCCAUCAGUUUCGUCUCGAGCUUCGAAGUUUGCAAAUGUCCGAUUGAGUUUCUGCUUAAUAAGACUAAAAAACGUAUAAUUUAGGAGUACUGAGCGGUUUUAUAGCGCAAGCAUUUUCAUAUAUUUGUUGAGAGCCUCAAAGGAUUAUGUCGAUUAUGUCCGGCGAAGCAACAGGCAUCAACGAGAGUAACAAUACAGCCAGCAUUUCGGAAGGCAGCAGCAAUAGUGCUGAGAUAAAAAAACUCGACAGCCAGUCCACAACCAAAGUAAUUUCGUUGAUAACAAGCGAGAGCGGUUACAAAGAGGAGUCGAACGACAGCCAUUUGAAUAGACUGCAGUUUCUGCGGAACGAACUGAAUUAUAUUAUUGAAACGGACUGGAUGUACGAGAGCCUGGAAAAGAAACAGCAGCAAUAGAAUACAAUUUGAGAAUUUGAGUAAUAGAACGAUAGAGUAAGAGCGAGCGAGGAGGAACGUUCGAGAAGAAGAUUGCAAGAGAGAAAGAAGAGCAGCAGAACACGAUUUCAGGAGAGAUUAGGAGCAAGCGAGACGGAACAUUUCUAGCAAAAACAUUCGAGAAGAAGACUAUAAAAAAAACUCAGGAAGAAGAACGCAUCGAAUAAUAUUGAGAGAAAACAGUCGAUAAGACUGGAAUAGAACCGCAACAAUUGAGUAACUACACAAUACAAUAAAUAAUAUACAUAAAGUUGGAUAUUCGAAGAAAAAAUGCUCUCGUUUUGGAGUCGGAUUUUCCAAAACAACGAAGAUGAGCUGGAUCAUAAGCGCGAUUUGCUGGCCAUGGAGCAAGAUUUUCUAGACCAAGAGGGCUGCAGUGAUAGCAAAGUUACCUACGAAACGAAUCUCAUCGGGGACAAUGAUAGCGAUGAAACUCCCACUUCGUGUUCAUCCCGGAAGGGCGUCGUCACACAUUUAACUGAACAAAAUGGCAUUAUAGACAACUCGUUAAGCUUUGAGAAGCAGGUUGCAGCACAGCUCUUCCAUGAGCUAAGUGUGGGGUGUGUGAUUGAGUACUUGGCAUAUCAGCAGGACGAGGACGACGCCAUCAAGGUAAUCAGAAUACAGAAGAUAGUCGAACAGUCGUGGGAGAAAACAACGGAGAAAAAGGUUAAGGAUAUGCUGGAGUCCCUGAAGCUAGAUCAUCCAACCUAUUUCAAUAUGCAGCUGCGCAACAUUUUGGGCAUCAUCACGCAGCGCCUACCCUCUUCCAUUAAAGUGGAUACAGAUUACGGGGAGUUGACCGUUCAGUUGGACAGCAUCGAAACGAAUUUUAUACCCAAAACGGGUGAUGAGAUUACGUUGGAGUGCCAAGUGCAGCUAGACGAGGGCUAUGUGGAUCAACAAGGCGAAAUAUUGGAGGUGAAGAAGAUCUUUCCCACACGCAUCGAACCGAAUCAGAAGUGCACUGUCGAACGAGUAUUCGAGGAGUUCACUGUACUCACCUCGAGCGCCUAUGUGCUUAAGGAAGAUGUGCCAAAAGGAUAUCAAUUGCAUCUGGGCGAUAUUGUCCAAGUAGAUCUGAUCGAGUGCAAAUAUGCAAAAUACUCUCGACGUGCCAUCAAGUUGGUUAUGCUGGAGAAGAACUUUGGCCAGAUCAAGAACAAUCAGAUAAGCUCCUCAUCAAGCAGUAAGCGAGCAGUUGCCAUCGAGGGCGAGGAUCGCUUCAUCUACACUGAACAGUGGAAGAAACACAAUGUCACACUUAAAAUCAAAAACGAGGGCAAACGCACCUUUCAGCUGUGCAGCAUUAAUAUACCAAAUGCGGCGGAUGCACAGAUCAGUGUCGUAGAGCCCAUUAGCUCGAGAAGCAUUCCAAUUGGUAGCCAAAUCUCAUUGGUAUUCCAGGUGUACACCAAGUUCAUUGGCGAAUCGAAGGAGUUCUUUAGCCUGCAGUUCGACACGUUUAAGGUAACACGCUUUUUGACCAUCAUCGUCUGCGAAUCGGACCAGGAGGCUAUCGAGGCGAAGCGUCGUCUGAUUGCCUCCGAGCAGCUGAUUGUUAAUGGACGCAAUGCCCGACAACGAUCCCGCUUCUAUGCCUAUCAGGUGUAUGCAAAUAAAAAUCCAUUGGUGCCAGGCGAAUCGAUUGCCACCAAACGACGCUUUGUACCGGUGCAUUUGUCCAACUAUGAUGUGCCUGAAAAGCUGUGCGCUAUAGUGCUUAAAACAGAGUCGGUUUCGGAUGUGAGGGAACUGUUGGGUCAGGAGUAUCCGUUUCUCAAUGAGAACCUUAACUUUGGCAAUUAUGGGAAACGCUUUUCAGCGAUGCUGCACCUGGAAGAGAUCGACUAUAGCAUUAGCUUUCGCAACUAUGAUCGAGAGCGAGCUCACUUCAAUCGCGAAGGGGAAUUUUUAUCACUACAAAUCGAGAAUCUUGCCGAACGUCGUCCGUCGCUAGUGCUGGGCGACACGGUGAACGCCAUCAAUCCCUGGUUGGAGUCAGACAGCAAGGAGAACAAGCUGUUCCAGGGAGUCGUGCACAAAGUCUUCUUUAAUAGAGUCCAUUUGAAAUUCAAUGCCAAUUUUCAGCAAAAAUAUAAUGGCGAGGAUUAUCGUCUGGAGUUCCACUUCUCGAGAUUCGCUUUCAGGAAGCAGCAUCAUGCCACAUCCCGCAUUGUUGAUCACAUGGGCGACAACUUUCUGUUUCCCAGCAAGGUUGGGAAACGCGAGCACCUUCAGCUGGAGGUCGUGUUAAAGGGUGAUGACAUGUAUCUAUAUGAUGACAAGUUAAACUGGUUCAAUACCUCGCUGAACUCCAUUCAAAAGGUGGCUGUUUACAAUGUUCUGAGAGGCGAUGCAGAUCAGAUGCCCUACGUAAUCUUCGGACCACCCGGCACCGGUAAAACUGUAACUCUAGUGGAGACCAUCCUGCAGCUGGUGCGCAAUGUUCCCGGCUCCCGCCUCCUAGUGGGCACACCAUCAAACAGUUCCGCAGAUCUGAUAACUAAGCGCAUUAUCGCUAGCAAAGCCUUGAACCAUGGCGAUUUUAUACGGCUCGUCUCACAGAAUCAGGUGGAAAAGGAUCUUGUGCCGCCAGACCUAGCGCCUUACUGUGCUACCGUCGACAUAGGCACCGUGGACUCCGCGCAUGAUAGCAUGAUUGUUACGGACUCAGGCUUGAAGCUGCGUUGCCAGGCCAAGUUUUUGGGCAAGCAUCGCAUUACCAUCAGUACUUGCACCACGCUUGGUAACUUUAUUCAAAUGGACUUUCUGCCGGAACACUUUACACACGUCCUGAUCGACGAGGCGGGCCAAUGUACAGAGCCCGAAACAAUGGUGCCAAUUGUCCUAUUAGCACGAAAGCGCAGUCAAGUGAUCCUUGCAGGGGAUCCUCACCAGCUGCAGGCGAUUGUAACCAGUCGCUAUGCGAGUGAUUUGGGUCUGGGUGCCUCUUUUCUGGAGCGCCUACUCCAGACUCCGCCUUAUCGCAGGGACCUGCAACGCUUUCCCGACAGCUCAGGCUAUAACCCAAGUGUGCUGACUAAGCUACUGUACAACUAUCGUGCACUGCCCUCCAUCAUGUCUGUGUACAGUAAACUCUUCUAUGACAACGAGCUCAUUUCCAUGGUCUCUGAAGAGAAUUCUCGCGAGGCGCGCUUCCUAGCAGAACUGCAAGCAAUCUUCGAGCCAAAUCGUGACAUGCCACGAACUCAUGGCACCUUCUUUCACGGCAUCAUGGGUGAAAAUAUGCAGGAUAUUGAUUCGCCCUCCUGGUAUAAUCCUGCAGAAGCACGCGAAGUCUUUCUUCUGACCAUUCUACUCUAUCGUCGCAAUGUGCUACCUGAACAAAUUGGCAUAUUGACACCUUAUGCCAAACAGGUGAAAAGUCUACGCACGAUGUUCAUUGCUGCCGAUGUAUCUAUGCCAAAGAUUGGCUCUGUGGAGGAGUUUCAGGGACAGGAGCGAGACAUCAUGCUCAUAUCCACAGUGCGCUCCUCAGAAUCCAAUCUAAGAUCUGAUGCGCGCCUCAGCUUGGGUUUCGUACGUUGCAAUAAGCGCAUGAAUGUUGCCAUCUCUCGCGCUCGUUGUCUGCUGGUCAUCUUUGGUAAUCCUCUCCUGCUCGCUGUCGAUGAUUGCUGGCGUCAUUUGAUUCUUUUCUGUGCCAACAACAAUGCGUACUUUGGCUGUGAGAUGCCUGCGUCGAUUUGUUCGCAGGGCGAUGAAUCUGACAGCAAUCAUUCCGACUACUCUGAUUUAGUGCCUUAGUGCCAACGGGCCAUAUAAUAUAUAGAAUACCUAACCAAAAGUUCCUGAUCGGCUAGAUUAAUCCAAAGUCUCGAAUCAAAAAAGAAAAACAAAUUAAAUUACUGACGAAUUUAUUUUCAUAUACAUAUGUAAGCAUUCCAUCAUUGACUCAACAAUUUCCCCUGAAUUAUAGAAGUUGAACUUCCAAAUAAAUUUUUACUUUUUUAA